AGUAGACAUUAACUUAUUAAAUUUCUCCUGUCUCCAAAAUGGACUUUGUCCCUGUUACAGCUGGUAGCUGAUGCAAGGAGAGGGAAUUGAGGCUAUAAAAGUCUAGCUGAAAGGUUUGGGAGAACUCAUUCAGGACUCCAGCCCCUUCCACAAAUGUUACUAGUAACUAGCAGCCUAUCCAAAGAAGAUGCAGUGUUUGAAAGUUAUAGCACUCUUACUGUUUUGUGCAGCCCUACUGACGCAGACACACUGUGCUUCUUUGCAUCAUUCAAGCUCACAACUAACAAGACAAAGGAGGAUGACUCCUUUCUGGAGGGGGAUUUCCCUCAGACCUAUAGGAGCAUUAUGCAGGCAUGACAAUGAAUGCAUCUCAAUGCUGUGCAGGAAGAAUCGCUGUUCCCUAAGAAUUUCCUGUGAGUGACCUGUCACGAAAGAAGAUAAUAUUGUUUUUACCUCUGACAAUGUCCUACCCUAUAUAUGAAAUAUUUAUUAUCAACUAUCCUUAAGUGAGGACACUUUGAAUUAUGCAACUGCAUAUAUUUAAUAUUUUUAAGAUGAACAUUUGUUGUAUGAAAUGAUAUAAGGGUUUCAUGAAAGUUGAAACAAUGCUCUGGUCUGGGCUCCUGAAGACAUGCUCAAUAGAAGACCUUGCAGUUUUUAAAUUGUUCCUUUUUUCCUAUAAGAUAAAGAUUUGUAUUUAGCAAAUAGA